UAGGGGCGGUUCCGCCCCGCCCAUGCAGGGGCGGAGCCUGAACCUGCGCUUGCGCGCUCAGCGGCCGGGCGUAUAACCUACGGGUGCGCGCCCCCACCCGCCACACCUGCGCAGCCUCUCGGACGCGCCUCGCGGCUCCAGGGUCUGAGCCUGGUCUGCUCUUCACGCAGGUGUCCCGCGCGCCCGGUUCAGCCAUGUCGUCCUGCAUCCAGGUAGCUCUGGUGACUGGGGGCAAUAAAGGCAUCGGCUUGGCCAUCGUCCGCGACCUGUGCCGGCGGUUCUCGGGGGAUGUGGUGCUCACGGCGCGGAACGUGGCGCGGGGCCAGGCGGCCGUGCAGCAGCUGCAGGCGGAGGGCCUGAGCCCGCGCUUCCACCAGCUGGACAUCGACGACCUGCAAAGCAUCCGCGCCCUGCGCGACUUCCUGCGCAAGGAGUACGGAGGCCUGGACGUGCUGGUCAACAACGCGGGCAUCGCCUUCAAGGUUGCUGAUCCUACACCCUUUCAUAUUCAAGCUGAAGUGACGAUGAAAACAAACUUCUUUGGUACUCGAGAUGUCUGCACAGAGUUACUCCCUCUAAUAAAACCCCACGGGAGAGUGGUGAAUGUAUCUAGCACCGUGAGUCUCAGGGCCCUUAAAAGCUGCAGCCCUGAGCUGCAGCAGAAGUUUCGCAGUGAGACCAUCACUGAGGAGGAGCUGGUGGGGCUCAUGAACAAGUUCGUGGAGGAUACAAAGAAGGGAGUGCACCAGAAAGCAGGCUGGCCCAACACCGCAUACGGGGUAUCGAAGAUCGGCGUCACUGUGCUGUCCAGGAUCCAAGCCAGGAAACUGAAUGAGCAGAGGAAAGGGGACAAGAUCCUCCUGAAUGCCUGCUGCCCAGGGUGGGUGAGAACCGACAUGGCGGGACCCAAUGCCACCAAGAGCCCGGAAGAAGGAGCAGAGACCCCUGUGUACUUAGCCCUUUUGCCCCCGGAUGCCGAGGGGCCCCAUGGACAGUUUGUUUCAGAGAAGAAAGUUGAACAGUGGUGAGCUGGAUUCACAGCUCCGUCUGUGGGCCCCAUUUUGUACGCUGUCCUGAGUUGACCCAAAGGGAAUUUACAAUUCCUUAUAUAAGAUAAAAUAUAUAUCUGUCAAGUACUCAUGAAUGAACUACUAACUGAGCAGCCUACGCACUCAGUUGACUUCCUAAAUCUGUGAAGUCUUGUAAUUUCCUCUGGUGCAGGGAGAGAGAUUGUAAUUAAUGAAAAUCAACAGAUGAAUAAAUGGGUCUUUAUAAGUG